GGGCUGUGUUGUAUUAAGGGUACAGAUCAAAGGUGUUCCUGUUACCGUUUACUUUGCCUCUCCUAAGGGAGAAAGGCAGAAAAAACGGGAAACAGAAACACCAAAACCCUACCGCUAAUUAUAGUAGGUCCAACUGGCUUGUCUGCGAUUGUCCAUCCCUACUGGCGGAGACACAUAGGCAAAGACCUCAUCACGGAGGACGUUCGAAAGUCAUUGCCAAAACUGUUUAACAAGAAGAAACAGAAAGAGACAGACAUGAAAAAAAUACAGGAUAAGGAUGACUCUUGCUCGUCCUCGAAGGAGACAAAAGCAGCUGCAAGAACUACUUCCGUUGGAGAUGCUAGUACAACUACAAAAGAGAACGAGAUGAACCCAUC